UCAAAGUGCGCCCAUAGGGAAACGUCAGCCCAGCCCAUCCCUCACCGCCCGGCCUGUAGCGAUUACAUUGAGUGCCCUCGACAGGCAGUAUAGCUAGUAAGCGUGGUGUUUACUACGUUGUGUGCCGAUCGUUCAAAUAUAAUCUUCACAGGAUCUGUUGAACAAUGGAAUCUGUUGAGGACGCUACUCCGAAAACUCCUGAAGAAAAGAGCGGUCUUUCUGCUUCAAGGAGAAGAGCAGAAAUUCGCAGGAGAAAAUUGCUGAUGAAUUCUGAAGACAGAAUGAACAGAAUCGUAGGCUAUAGCAAAAACGAUGGGGAGUCCAACGCUGACAGGCCUGGAAUGAAGGCCAGGUUCCACCUGGAUCUGGACCGGACCGAGCCCUGGUCCACGCCCGUCCCCUCCGGGAGAAUUUCCCCUUUUGCCGCCGCGGUGACCAGCGGCAACCACCACGGGGAGCUUCUGGAGAGGCGGGGGUCACCCGUCCCGGAAAGCGGGGACCUGUUGAGCGGUGAUGCGGAGGAGGAGGAGGAGGUGGUGGUGGUGCAGGGGGGUGCGCUCAGGCAAAGGGCCCAGGGGGAGAUGCAAGGGGACGGGGUCUCCCGCUCCCCACGCCGGGGCCUUCAGAAGUACCUGUCGCGCUUUGAUGAUGCCAUGAGGCUGCGGGCCCAGGUGGCCGGGGCGAAGACGUCCCAGGACAGCGGCUCGGAGCCGGAAGAGCUGGACUCCUUCCGUCUGUUCAGGGUGUUCGGGAGCAUCAUCCUCGCCAUCGCCGUCCGGGUCUUUGUCUGCAAGUACUUGUCCAUAUUUGCACCAUUCCUCACCCUCCAGCUGGCAUACAUGGGGUUGUAUAAAUACUUCCCAAAGGGCGAGAAGAAGAAGAAGACCACGGUGCUGACCGCCGCCCUCCUGCUGUCGGGGAUCCCUGCGGAGGUCAUCAACCGCUCCAUGGACACUUACAGCAAGAUGGGCGACGUCUUCACCGACCUCUGCGUCUACUUCUUCACCUUCAUCGUGUGUCACGAGGUCCUCCUCCUGUUCGGCUCCGAGAUCCCCUGAUUGGGGGGGGUGGUGGUGGCGCGUCCGGGCCCCCCCAGUCGGCCGUUUCUCUCGAUUCGGCGGACGCGGGACGCCUCGACGCCCCCGUAUUUUUCCUCGCCCUGCUUGGCCUCUCCACCCCACCGUAUCCCCUGGGCUGUGCCUUGGCACCGCCCAGCCCAGAAGGAAUUCCCCAAAGGUGCACAGGACGGACGGACGUUCGUAGGGUGCUGAGCAGAUGUUCGCGGUUCGAGGUGUCAGAGUUUUGUUGAGAGAUUAAAUGUCUCUGGGUGUUUAAUUUAACGGAACAGCACAGCGCAGACUGGUGAGAAGGAUAUUAUAGCAUCUCAAAUUUGGACUUAACUAAAUCCAUUUUACCUGCAAAGACCUGCUUAAUUCUACCUGCUUUAUGACCAUGUAAAACGCUAAUCUCAGUUUGAACUUUAAAGUUAAAUAGUGUUUUUUUUUCCUCCCCCGCCAGAUAAGCUAAAUAAGUGCACACUGGAGACUACAUUUCACUACUGUGUUUACCUGUGUUUCAAUCAUUGUACUCAAAAUAAAGAAACUAAUGUAUGACACCUAUAAAUGUGCUCUAUACUAAUGGUGUUUUAAAAUGAAAGCCAUGUAAUUAUUUUAUAAAUUGGAAUUGUUUUAUGUGUUAUAGCCAUCCUGUUACAGUAUUAUAAUGAGUAGUUUUCUGUUAAUUUAUUUCUCCGUGUGCAGCCUACAUCUACAGAAUCUUGUAAAGGAAGUUAUUGGUAUAUCUUUACUUAAUAAAUUGUUAGUACUUCUGUCAUGUAUAUUUUAGCUGUCCAACUAUCAGUUUCCUUGUGUCAUAGCAUGGUAUGUGUUAAAUAUGUGAAAUGUUAAGUCCAAAUUAAAUUAUUGAAUCUUUAUGUGCAAA